AUGCCCUGGAACUCAGACUCCUCAACUCCGAAAGAGCCGGAGGGUCUGCCCCGCGAGCGGGGGCCGCAGCCCCGCAGCGUGCGGGGACCCCCAGCCGGGGGAGGGCACCGAGGCGGGUGGUGGCCGGGAGACGGAGUCUCCACGGGGCAGCGCACGGACAGGGUCGGUCUUGAGGGUGGAGAGGAGCGGUGCCGCUCUCGGCCAGAAUCGUGGCUGCGGACUCCCGCCGCCUCGCCUCGGGUCGUCAAGGGCAACCUUGGCGCUGCGCCCCAGGCCCCGCCCAGCGCGCUGAGGCCAGGUGGCGCAAUCCAAGUCCUGGGCACUGUCAAAUGGUUCAACGUCCGGAAUGGUUAUGGAUUCAUCAACAGGAAUGACACCAAGGAGGAUGUCUUUGUUCACCAGACAGCUAUUAAAAGAAACAACCCCAGGAAGUUUCUGCGCAGCGUUGGAGAUGGGGAGACUGUGGAGUUUGAUGUCGUGGAAGGAGAGAAGGGUGCAGAAGCUGCUAAUGUAACUGGGCCUGGAGGGGUUCCAGUGAAGGGCAGCCGCUAUGCCCCCAACCGACGUAGGUUCCGCCGAUUCAUCCCCCGACCUCGCCCAGCUGCCCCACCACCCAUGGUGGCAGAGGCUCCCUCAGGGGGUACAGAACCUGGCAGCGAAGGGGAGCGGGCUGAAGAUUCUGGACAGCGGUCCAGACGACGGCGCCCACCACCUUUCUUUUACCGACGGCGGUUUGUGAGAGGCCCUCGGCUCCCCAGCCAGCAGCAGCCCACAGAGGGCACUAAUGGGGUAGAACCCAAAGAGACAGCCCCAUUGGAGGGGGACCAACAACAGGGAGAUGAGCGGGUCCCCCCACCCAGAUUCCGGCCCAGGUACCGAAGGCCUUUCCGCCCCAGGCCACCCCAGCAGCCUACCACAGAAGGUGGGGAUGGCGAGACCAAGCCCAGCCAAGGUCCCACUGAUGGUUCCCGGCCUGAACCCCAGCGCCCACGAAACCGCCCUUACUUCCAGCGGCGACGGCAACAGCCCCCUGGCCCCCGGCAGGCCACAGCCCCUGAGACCUCAGCCCCCAUCAACAGUGGAGACCCCACCACCACCAUACUGGAGUGAUUCCAACUCAGAGGACACCCAGCGCUACCACCUGGUAUCUGCCAGUUUUUCCAACUGACCUGUACCCUACCCAACCCAACAUCCCUCUUUCCCAUAAUUCAUGACAUCAGAACAUCGGCUUUUCCCCUUUUCCUUGAGACUCAGGAGGGCCAAAGCAACAGCCUUUUGCUUUUUUUUUCCACUCCCUUAUCAAGGGUUGAAGGAAGGGAUCCAUUCUUAUUGUUCAGAGGUACCAACUCCCUCCCCUAAAUCAGGCUGAGAAGGAACCAGCCAGCUUUUACCUCCUCCUGGUUGUUUUUCUUUCCCAUCCCAGUUUAUUUUUUGUUUCCUCUCAACCCCCUACCUCUGAAGCCAUUUUAUGAACUGUCAUGUGCCACCUGAGCCUCCAGUAAAAACAAAAACAGGCUUUCCUGUUGU